CUCCGUAGGGGCAGAGGCAGGUAUUUGGGCUGCUGUUUAUCAAGCCACAUCUCUGUAGCGGGGGCGGGGCGGUUCCCAGCCACAAAUGGAACACGAUGACGUGGGUGAUUCGACGCAACGGAGCUGCACAGCUGGAGGUACCUGGAUACCUGAACCCACAGGACAAACUGACACUUCACCUGGAAUUCGAUUUUUUUCUUCCAUCUUCCUCUUCCUUCCUCCCACCUACAAAAGCGGUUGCUUGAUUCCACAGACGCGACGGAUUUCUCUGAGCCAAACAUUGGUUUGUCUUCUACUCUCGUCUACCGAAGCUCUAUUAUCGCUCCUGAGCUUCCGCUACCCCCGCCGACGAAAAAACAGAGCUCGCAGCUGGAGGCCAUUGCCCCGACACCACGAUGACGCUCUACUACACUCUUGUGUUUGGUCUUCUAAUGGCCGAGAUGGGCAUGUUUAUGCUGUUGCUCGUGCCGCUCCCAUUCAACAUCAAGCGAAGGAUCUUUACCUUUAUUUCCGAAAGCCCAUUGAUCGCCAAACUCCAGUACUGGAUGAAAAUCACCUUUGUCUUCAUUCUUAUCCUCUUCGUCGACAGCCUCAACCGAGUCUACAGAGUGCAGCUCGAGGUUAUGGCUGCGCACGAGCAGGGCCUUAAGGGAAACGCCGCCGCUGUCAUGGGAUCCGAGCGUCUCGAAGUCCAGGCCCGCAAGUUUUACUCUCAGCGCAACAUGUACCUCUGCGGCUUCACCCUGUUCCUAUCCUUGAUCCUCAACCGCACCUACGUCAUGAUCCUUGAAGUCAUGCGCCUGGAAGACAAGCUCAAGGCCUACGAGGGCACCAGCAAGAACACCAAGGAGAGCGAGAAGUUGGCUGUCGCUGGCAAGCCUGGCGAGAUUGCUGCUCUCAAGGAGAAGCUCGAGAAGAAGGACCAAGAUCUCCAGAACCUCAAGAAGCAAGCCGAGCAGCUCAACAAGGCCUACAAUGAGCUCAGCGACAAGUACGCUGCCACCCAGGUUGAUGGCGAAAGCCGAAAGAGCAGAUAAGCCAUGUCAUCAUGCGCUUUGCAAAAGCUUGGUGUUUUGUGGUCCGGGAUUAAACAUUCCUAUGAUGAAGAAGGGGGUCAAGACUACAAAGGAGUGCGUGAGAUGGCAUCAUUCCAGCCAAUGCAACAGAUCUUACAUUUAUGGGACGUUAUUUAUUACGUUGCAGCUGAAAACCAAGGAAGAUGCAAGCUGAUUCGGCUGAAGGGCAUAGGAGGACUUGGUAUGGCUUAGGAUGUGUGUGGUUAUCUGGUUUUGGGUCUCAUGACUAACUCUGUAUAUUACUCGAUCCAAAUUUACAGCUUUUAUUUCGGACUGCUUUUUAC